AUGGCUGUCGUUGUUGAUCCGCGCAAAAAAAGGAUUGUCUUGCGCGAGAUUCUCGAGACGGAACCUAUUGAGAACACUAGCCAGGAAAUGCUCUUUUUUCUUUGGGCCUGUGCUCGUUUCCAGACUUGCGACGGGAAACCCGACGAACCAGCCGUUUCGGAGGUAACCAAACUCUCGCAAUCUGUGGUUUCCGAGCGAUGGAGGGAUUUAAAUGAUCACUUUGGGGACAUGAUGCAGCAGAUUGACGCCAUCCUCUUCAAGCGUGAGACGGAGAAGAGGAAGACGAAGAAGCAGAAGACGGAGCGUGACGACGACUUCUGGAUGUGA